UUUUAAAGUUUGCCCGGUAAGUCUCUCACUUUCUUUCGAAAAGCAUCAAGCUACAUAUUAUAUGUCUCUUCUCUUUCCUGUUUCGAUAUACAGUGUAGCCAAAAGGCUUCCGGAGAGAGAAAGCCUUCAAGUUAAGGAAGUUUUUUAUUACAUUGUCUUUGGGGGGAUUCCGACGGAAAAUUUUUGACUUGAGGAGGUUUUCGACUUGGCAAAGGUACCAGAGGCCGAUACAACUGGAAAAAUGGUUCCACUGUGGAAGCGACAGAUGCUCGCGAGAAAAUUAGCUCUCCAAGCGAAGGUUGAAGCCGGAGACGAGUUCGUGAACGUAUCAGAAGUGAACACGAAGCUCGGAUUUGUUCCAGAUUGGAAGCAACAACUCCUGGACAGGACGACGUUAUCAAGAAGGGUCCCAAGCACGACCACGGGGGAUGAAUCCGCUCCAGCGCAUAUCUUCCAUGUUGCGACGAAAUCGGGUUAAAAAAAGACCAAGUCUAUUUCAUUCGAUGAACGGAAGGAUAUUUUGCAGUGUGUUGAUUUUUUAUUUGGCACGAAACAUUUUGUGCGGUCGUGAUAUUGCAAGUGGCCCGUCUCCUUCCUUUCCAUUUUUUCGCGUGAAAAAAUUCAUUUUUCGCAUUUAUUUUCCUGAUAGGUCAAACCGUAAGAUUGUCUUCCGGAUAUAAUUUGAACAUGUGAGAAUCCUCUGAUAGAAUCUGGUAAAAGUGCCGAUGCGAAAGUUCGUGAGUUGAUGUGAUUUUUGUUGCCAAGAUUAUGAAAAUAUAUCGAAAAGAUUUGAAUUUGUAA